UAUAUAUUUUUUUCUGUCUCAGCCAGCUCCUCCUACGAUCAAGCCACCAACGCCACCAGUCCAAGUUGCGAUCCUACGGCCUCCUCCUAUCUCCUUGGGGUUUAUUUUUCCAGAUAGAAAGAAACAAGAAGUGAAAAUUAAAAAUGGGUUCUGAUUCAGCUUCAACAUCAACAAAGCCACCACAAGAAGGAGACACAUAUGCUUCUCUUCUUUCUUUCGACACAGGCUCCCUCUCAAAUCGACACCAAAGGAACACUGCCACCUGCGUCAUUUUCACCUCUCUUAUCAUUGUCACUUGCAUCGCUCUCUCUGCUGCUUCUGCCUUUGCCUUUCUCUUUUUUUCCUCUUCUGUUCCUCUUACGGAUACCUCGUCCGCUUCUCUACAGACGACGUCUCGUUCUUUGACCAAGCUCAACCACCCUGUCGUUCUCUUGAUUUCAUCUGACGGGUUCAGGUUCGGUUACCAGUUCAAGACCCAUACACCAAAUAUUCAACGUCUGAUUGUUAACGGGACUGAAGCUGAAACUGGUUUGAUUCCUGUUUUCCCUACUCUUACUUUCCCUAAUCACUACUCUAUUGUUACUGGCCUUUACCCUGCUUAUCAUGGUAUUAUUAACAAUUAUUUUGAUGAUCCAAAAACUGGAGAGGUUUUCACAAUGGCAAGUCAUGAGCCUAAGUGGUGGCUUGGUGAACCACUUUGGGAGACAGUGGCUAAUCAUGGUUUGAAGGCAGCCACUUAUUUUUGGCCUGGUUCUGAGGUGCAUAAAGGAUCUUGGACUUGCCCUCCUGGUUUUUGUAUGUUUUAUAAUGGUUCUGUUCCUUUUGAUGAACGUGUAGAUACUGUUUUGAGUUAUUUUGAUUUGCCAGCUAGUGAGAUUCCUGAGUUUAUGACCUUGUAUUUUGAGGAUCCUGAUCAUCAGGGCCAUAAUGUGGGACCUGAUGGUCCGGAGAUUACUGAGGCUGUUGCUAGGAUUGAUAGGAUGAUUGGCAAGCUGAUUGAUGGAUUAGAGAAAAGAGGGGUUUUUGAGGAUGUUACUAUAAUUAUGGUUGGUGAUCAUGGAAUGGUUGGUACAUGUGAUAAAAGGUUGAUAUUUUUGGAUGAUUUGGCGCCUUGGAUCGAUAUCCCAGCUGACUGGGUUCGGUCCUAUACUCCUUUGCUUGCAAUUCGUCCACCUCCUGGUUUUGCACCGUCUGAUGUUGUUGCAAAGAUGAAUGAAGGGUUGCAGUCGGGGAAGGUUGAAAAUGGAAAGAAUUUGAAGAUGUAUCUCAAGGAGAAGCUGCCUUCUAGGCUUCAUUACUCAGCAAGUGCCAGGAUUCCACCAAUAAUAGGGAUGCUUGAUGAGGGUUUUAAGGUGGAGCAGAAGAGAACUGAGAGGCAAGAGUGUGGAGGAGCACAUGGUUAUGACAAUGCACUUUUCUCCAUGAGGACAAUUUUCAUUGGCCAUGGUCCUCAGUUUGCAAGGGGGCAAAAAGUGCCAUCUUUUGAGAAUGUCCAGAUUUACAACUUGGUUACUUCGAUUCUCAAUAUCCAGGGUGCUCCCAAUAAUGGGUCUGUGUCUUUUCCAUCAACUGUUCUUUUGCCCAAUCCUCACAAAUUCUAAGGUCUUAUCUCUGAGUGGGCUCAGCUAUUCAAGGAUCUAGUUGAGGUGGGCUGGGUGAUUAUAUUGCUAGACCAUAUCUACUAUUUCUUAUGGAAGCAUGGUUGUGAGUUAUUGCAUGAUGUGGUGGCGGAGAAGGUAACUGUAUUAGUUGUUGAUGUUGUGAUUGUUGUUCCAUGUUUGGUUACACGAUCACUUGGCCCCUACUUAUCAUUAUUAUGAGCUGCAAAUUUAAGAGAGGAUUCUAGAUUAAAUAUUAAUGAAUCUGUAUUUUUGUGGCGUAGCUGUCUGCCUUUCUUAUUC